AUGUCCAUCGCCGCGUCCUCGUCGCGGCUGUCCACCGCGGACGCGAUGAAGUGGGCGUCCAACUUUGUGAGCUCGGUGGCGAUCGUGAUGGUGAAUAAACAGCUCAUGGGAGCGUCUGGAUUGGCGUUUCAGUACGCGACGACGCUGUGCGGGAUGCACUUCCUGUGCACGAUGAGCGUGCGGUGGUGUCGACCGCGCGGGGCGGCGGCGGCGCGCGCGGAGGCCGCGAAGGGCGGCCGCGAGCUGCCGCAAAAGAAACUGCUCGCCUUCGUCGCCGUUGCGUCGACGAGCAUCAUAUCGCUUAACUUGUCGCUGAUGUUGAAUCACGUCGGGUUUUAUCAGCUCGCCAAGCUGUUGCAAAUUCCCGCGGUGUGCCUGAUCGAGGUGGCGUUCUUCGGGCGAAAGGUUUCUUGGGCGCUCGCGCGCGCCAUCGGAGUGGUUAUGUUCGGCGUCGGUAUCGCGACGUUGCAGGAAACGACGAUGAACUUUUGGGGAACCAUCGUGGCCGCGAUCGCGGUGUUGUCCACGAGCGCGCAGCAAAUCCUCGUCAGUCGAUUACAGAGCGAAUAUUCAAUCAGUAGUAACGAUUUACUCGGGCGAACGGCGCCGCUCAUGGCCUUGGCCAUGCUCACCGUCGGCCCGUUUCUCGAUCAAAUAUUGACUGGAAGCUUUAUCACGGACUAUUAUUGGACCGGUGAGUCGGUGAUGUUCCUGUCGGCGUCGUGUUUGCUGGCGAUUUGGGUGAACAUUUCGCAGUACAUGUGCAUUGGCACUUUCAGCGCGUUGUCUUUUCAAGUCAUCGGCCACGUCAAAACGGUGUUCAUCUUCUUCUUCGGCUGGCUCUUGUUCGACAUUCCCGUGACUUGGAACAACGUCAUCGGUGGGUUAGUGGCUAUCGCGGGGAUAUCGUAUUACUCCCACAUCGCCUCGCUGGAAAAAGAGAACGCGGCGCAGACGAGACGACCGAGCGUGUGA